UCCUCCUUUUUCCCUUUUUCCCGUACAACCUCAACCACUCCCAACUCCACAUCUCUCUCUCUACCUUAUCUCUUCUCCUCUUCUCUCCGGCUUCCCACCGGCCUCUAGCUCCUCCCCAGCUGGCUUCCCCUCCUCCUUCCCCCUCCCCUGGGCGAGGCGGUGGCCGGGCGCGGCGGCGGCCUGGGCGACGGCGGCGGGGCGGAUGGCGGCAGCUGGGCGAGGCGGCCGGGCCGAUGCCUCGUCUCCUCCUCCUGUGCAUGGCGCCGACGCCUCCUCUCCUCCAGGCGGCUCUCGGCGGCGGCGGCCUGGGCGACGGCGGUGGCGGGGCGGACGGCGGCGGCUGGGCGAGGCGGCCGGGCCGACGCCUCGUCUCCUCCUCCUGUGCAUGGUGCCGACGCCUCCUCUCCUCCAGGUGGCUCUCGGCGGCGGCGGCCUGGGUGACGGCGGCAGCCUGGGCAACGGCGGCGGCAGGGCGGACAGCGGCGGCUGGGCGAGACGGCCGGGCCGAUGCCUCGUCUCCUCCUCCUGUGCAUGGUGCCGACACCUCCUCUCCUCUAGGCGGCUCUCGGCGCGCGGCUGACGACGACGACGAGGCGGCGGCCGGAAGUGGCGUACGUGUGCGCGACGACGACGACGACGGCAAGGCGGAGGCCGGGAGCGGGCCGACGACGACGAACAGGCCAGGCGGUGAGCCGGCCGCGGCAGCGAGCGGGCGAGGCGGCGGCUGGACGAGCCGGGCGCUGGGCGCGGCCGCAACCAAGCCAGGUGGCGAGCUGGGCGCGGCGGCGGCUGGGCGAGCCGGGCGCGGCAGCGAGUGGGCGAGCCGGCCGGCGAGGCGGCGAACCGGGCGCGGCGGCGGCCCAGAUGACGACGUCGACGAGGAGGACCCAGAUGACGACAUCGACGAGGUGAGAUAGCUGAUACGCCCAACAUUGGCCUAAAAGAUGUCGCCGGGGAUCGGUUGAAGCUACACUCUUGCUCUGCCUCGGUCUCCCGUAACCCGAAAAGGUUGGUUCUUCCCCUACAACCCCUACCUCUUCAUCUGUUGACGAAUAGAGGACGACAAAGAUCUCUCUCGCAAAGAAGCAAGAAAUGUAAGAAUGAAACAAGGCCAUGGAAAGUCCGAAUAUCGUGGAUGGACGUUGGAAUCGGCCAGCUGGUAAUGGCUUCGAUCUUCGUGGGGUCAGUCUUGAUCGAGAUGCUCUGUAUGAAGUUCUUGAAUUUGAAACUGCCUGCAAGCUGGUAUUAAUCUCAAUGAGAGAGACUUGUUGGUCAAUACCGAAAGAACCUACUUAUGGUGGUACCACCGUUUCCGGUUCGGCCAGGGGGCUUCGAAGAGUGAAUAAGUUCGCAGUGAUGUGUAAUUCAAUAUCCUUACCACGCUUAGAAUAAAAUACAAAGAAAGAUAGAAGGGUAUAACACAACCGCACGGGAUAAUCGAUUAUCCCGUGUGGUUGGACCGCCCGCAUGCGAAAAUGCUUAUUUUCCCAGACGAUUGGCUCCAGGCGGACCGGACAACCGCACGGAAAAAUCAAAAUGCCCGUUUGGAAAAAUCUUGAAAGUAGUAGUGCUUAGUGAGCCAUAUGCGAAAAUAAAGCUCGAUUUUUGCAGAUGGACUAGAUACGGUGUGGUUGUAAUCUAUAGGGGUCCUUGUAUAGAAAUAUCGUUUUAUUAAGUAUUUAGAA